AUGGUUGCAUCUGUUAAUGUAGGUCGGCCACUGUCCAUCGAACUCAUGGACCAUAUCACCCUAGAAUUGAAAUAUCAGAGUGCGAUCAACAAAUUUCCAGAUGACGAAUUUGGUGAAAUCCAAAGAGCUGAACUCAAACUCGGUGCGUUUUCGCGCGAUCAGAAAACGGUUAAAAAUUUGACGAGGCGCUUAGAGGAAUGGAGUAUGAAGCGUGGGAUAUUGUCAGAAAGUGCCUCAGAAAAACUGACUCCUGAAUUUAUAAGGAACCAUGAUGGGUUGGAUAAUUACCAUAUUCUGAAAAAUGAAGUGGAGAAAAAGGAACGAAAGAGACUAGAGGCGGAGAACCAGAAAAAAGAAACUUCGGGCAAGAAACCUCAAAAGAAACCUUCUAGAAGCCAUACGAGCGAAUCUAGUAGAAGAUAG